UUGCUCUUCUUUCUCUCUCACACAGAGAAGAGGGGAUUAAAUCAGUCUCCAAGGCACCUGAGGGCAAGAGGUGAACUUUGUUAAAGAGAGAGCAGACCUGGAAGGACAGACAAAUGUUCCAACAGGCAGAACAAUGAGUCAGUUGGGCAGGUCAGCCCUGGAAGUUGAGGGUUCUCCGUGGCUGAAGUUUUCCAAGAAGAGACCGAAGAACUAUUGGAGGGGGAUGGAAGGGAGACCCCGGGGAGUCCCUCUCCCGGGUGCCUCUUCUGCUUCUUCCUGCCUCCCCAUCAUCAAGCCCCGCAGGGACCACCGGAGGCUCCGCUUCCAGGAAGUGUUUACAUCAGACUCUAUUCUUGGCCGCCGAGAGGAGCUUCAACCUGGAUGCCUCGUUUCCUCCCGCCACGGGAGGCCGGUGCGGCGCUUUGGCCUCAGGAGGGCCGGGGGUUUCAGGCAGGCGGGGCCUCGGCGGGGCGGGCGGCCGCUCCCCUUCCGGCGCCUCCUCCUUCUCCCGAGAGCUGCCAAGGCGGCAUGGCGAUGGCGGGGAGUGCGGGGGCGCUGGGCGCCCGGGAAGCGGCCGAAGCGGCCCACGCGCUCUCGCUGCCGGCCGAGGCCUUCGGGAACGACCCGCGGCUGGAGGCGGCCUGGGCCGAGCGAGCCUUCCAACACGCCCACGUCUACUUCCACCUGCUCUCGGCCGCUGACCCCGCGGGCCUCAGGCUCACCCGGGCCGACGACCGGAUCUACGCGGCCUUCCGGCGGAGCUUCCCCGACCUGCGCGUCGACCUGCUGGACGUGGAGGCGCUCAAGUCGGAGCCGGCCAAAGAGAAGUGGCGCCCCUUCUGCCUGCAGUUCGAGGGGGCGGUGGAGGACUUUAACCUGGGGACCCUCCUGCGUCUCGACUGCCGCCGCGGCUACUCGGAGGAGAACUCCGUGCUGGCGCCGCGCAUCCAGUUCCUGGCCAUCGAGAUCGCGCGCAACCGCGAGGGCUGCAACGGCGCCGUCUACCGCCGAGCGGGCGCUCCAGAAGCCGAGCCUGACCUGGCCGAACCCCGCUGAGAGCUUCGCCCUACCGGACGGGAAGCGAGCGAAGUGGGGUGGGGCAUCCGGAGUCCCCCCCCGUGGGUGGCCUAGAACUGGGGGGGGGGGGAGGCUGGGUGCCAUGGGUUGGGGGAGAGGGGCCUGCUUUGGGGAGCUGCCCCUGCGCAGCGUCUCUCCCCCGAGGGGCGCUGGGAGGGCUGAGAAGCCUGUGACCCCCUCCCCCUUCCGCUAGUUUGCCUUUGUAUGGCUGCCUGUGGCAGGGGGGGCUCCCUCUUGGCUAGUGAAGAAGAUGAAGCCUUCCAGAUGAA